AUGAACAUUGAAGGUCAUGUCAGAAACUUUGAAACACAUGAACUACCAGCAAUGUUAGAUAAAAAAGCAGAUAAAGAACAUACACAUAACUCCUUCUCAACUGUUGCUAUAGAAAGUAUUGAAGGAACGGUUGGCGGAACUGGUGGGGAUGCAUUAUAUUAUAAACCUCCUAACUUUCCACAAGGUUUAACAUCGAAUGAAAACAUAACAACGAAGAAAGAAAUUAGCUGUAAAAAUGUUUAUGUCAUGGAUGAUGAAAAUAAUGUUAAAUUCACUGCUCAAGAUUUAUAUGAUAAGAAAGCAGACAAAACAGAGCUUCAAACAUUAAAGACUGAAAUACUUCAAACAUUAUAUCCUAUAGGCUCUAUUUAUACGUCAAUGAAUUCAACAAAUCCAGAAACAGUUUUAGGUUUUGGUACGUGGAAGCAGAUUGUAGAUAAAUUCUUAUACUGUGCUAACUCUUCAAAGCAAACAGGAGGUUCGAAGAAAAUUAAAGAAGCAAACCUUCCACCGCACACUCAUACAGAAACUACAAACUUUUCUGGCGACCAUAGCCACUCAUUAAGAGACCACCCAUUAUACAACUCAGAGUAUGAAGCUGGCCAUGACGUUUUAUCUCCAUCUUAUAACAAUGCAGCAAAAAAGAUUUUUCGACCAACUGAACCAGGAGGAAAUCAUUCACACACUUUCACAACAAAUCCAACAGGCUCGGGUGAAGAUUAUAUGCCACCAUUUGUGACUAUAUUCACAUGGUACCGCGUUCAAUGA